UCGCCUAUUGGAUCCCUCUUUCAUUCUCUCACUCUCGAGAGCUAGGGUUUCUUUUCUCUUCUCUCCUCUCCUCCAAAUAUCUAAAGCCAUGAUGCAGCAGCCAGGAGCUGGAGGCAUACCACCUCCACAGCCACCUAUGGGCCCACCUCAACCACCGUCAAUGGCUCCACCACCUCCACAGGCUCAAUACCAGCAAGCUCCUGCGCCUUACAUGAUGAUGAUGCCUCCGUUGCCACAGUCUCAACCUCCGCCACCAGCCAUGUGGGCUCAUCAGACUUCGAUGGCACCCUCGGCGGCGCCACUGCAGCAGCAACCACUCCAGCACAGCCAGCAACAACAAGGUCAUCCUGCUAGUGCAGAUGAUGUUCGUACCCUUUGGAUCGGCGAUUUGCAGUACUGGAUGGAUGAGAGUUAUCUUCAUAGCUGCUUCGCUCAGACCGGCGAGGUGGUUAAUGUGAAAGUCAUUCGAAAUAAGCAAACUGGUCAAGUAGAAGGUUAUGGAUUUAUCGAGUUUAACAGUCAUGGGUCUGCAGAGAGAGUAUUGCAGACCUAUAAUGGUACUCCCAUGCCCAAUGGUGAGCAGAACUUCAGGCUGAACUGGGCAUCUUUUAGUGGGGGUGAUAAACGUGAUGAUACUCCUGACUUCACCAUAUUUGUUGGAGACUUGGCUACUGAUGUUACAGAUUACCUACUGCAAGAGACGUUCAAGGUCCGCUACUCUUCUGUUAAGGGUGCAAAAGUUGUCAUUGACAGGCUCACUGGACGCACAAAAGGCUAUGGGUUUGUUCGGUUUGCAGAUGAAAGUGAACAAUUACGUGCUAUGACUGAAAUGAAUGGGACUCUCUGUUCAAGUAGGCCUAUGCGAAUAGGGCUAGCUACAAACAAGAAGGCAGUGGUUGGCCAGCAGUAUCCUAAAGCUUCGUAUCAGAAUUCUCAAACUCAGGGUGAUAACGAGAACGACCCAAAUAAUACAACUAUAUUUGUUGGUAAUUUGGAUUCGAAUGUGACGGAUGACCAUUUGAGAGAGCUUUUUGGCCAAUAUGGCCAAUUAUUACAUGUAAAAAUACCUGCUGGCAAGCGAUGUGGAUUCGUUCAGUUUGCUGACAGGAGCUGUGCAGAGGAAGCGUUACGGAUGUUAAAUGGAGCUCAGUUGAGUGGACAAAAUAUUCGGCUUUCAUGGGGACGCAGUCCUUCAAACAAGCAGCCACAGCCAGAUGCUAGUCAAUAUGCUGGAUAUUAUGGAUAUGCACAAGGAUAUGAAAACUAUGGAUAUGCCCCUGCUCCCCAAGAUCCUAACAUGUACUAUGGAGGCUAUCCUGGGUAUGGCAAUUAUCAGCAGCCCCAGCAGCAGCAGCAGCAGCAGCAACAAGUGGGAUAUAGUUGAGAAGUUUUGACCUAAUUAUGCAAUCAUUUAUUUCAGUUGUGAGAUGGACUGGCGUUGGUUCUAUUUAUGUGGCUUUCAUGGUAAACAAAUUCUGGCUGUGUUGUUUCAUUGCUAAUAGCAUAUGCACUGUAGAAACCUCAGUUCUACUAAAUUUUGCACAAUUACUAUCUUAAUGUGCCAAUUACGUUGUUUUGUUUCUAUAUAUUGAACUUGCUUUGUGGAUGACUGAUA